AUGCAGUGUUAUACUGAGCUACUUCCUCCUACUGGGGUCACUCAUACCUUGAGGAUUCCUUUUCUUUCAGCAACAGCAAAUAACUUAGUGGUCGCAAGAACGUCCCUCCUCCAAGUAUUUUCUUUACACUACCCAAUACCGCGGUCAGAAGCUGCCGAAGACCAGACCACAGCAAAACUAGUCCUGGAAAGGGAAUAUCUUCUGUCAGGAGCAGUAACGGAUAUUUCCCGGGUCAAGGUGUUAAAUACUAAAAGUGGUGGGGAGGCCAUUUUGGUUGCUUUUCGAAACGCCAAACUUAGCUUGAUCGAAUGGGAUCCGGAACGUCAUGGCAUAUCGACGAUCUCCAUACACUAUUAUGAACGAGAUGAUUCGACUCGUAGUCCAUGGGUACCGGAUUUAAGCAGCUGCAGCAGCAUCCUCAGUGUGGAUCCGAGUAGUAGGUGUGCAGUUUUCAACUUCGGCGUGAGAAACAUCGCCAUUAUUCCCUUUCAUCAGCCCGGAGAUGACCUGGUGAUGGAUGAUUAUGAUUCCGACUCUGAAAGAGAUUUAGAUGGUGGGAGUUCGGAGGGAGGUCUUAGCCAUGGAACGCACAUAAAGGACACAGUGUAUCAAACCCCGUAUGGUGCUUCUUUCGUCCUGCCUUUGACUGCGUUGGAUCCUUCGAUCCUUCAUCCAAUAAGUCUCGCCUUUUUAUAUGAAUAUAGGGAGCCAACUUUUGGUAUUUUGUAUUCGCAGGUUGCAACAUCACAUGCACUUCUUCAUGAAAGGAAGGAUGUUGUGUUUUAUACUGUGUUCACACUGGACCUGGAACAACGAGCCUCCACAACCUUGCUUUCGGUGUCCAGACUGCCUAGUGAUUUAUUAAAAGUAGUGGCACUCCCACCUCCUGUUGGGGGAGCCCUACUUAUUGGCUCCAAUGAGCUCAUCCAUGUUGAUCAGGCGGGCAAAACCAAUGCAGUGGGCGUGAAUGAAUUUUCUACGCAAGUUUCAAUGUUUCAUAUGACAGAUCAGUCAGACUUGGCGCUUCGACUCGAAAAUUGUGUUGUUGAACGUCUUGGUGAUAAUAACGGUGAUCUGCUUUUGGUGCUUUCUACGGGUGGGCUGGCUGUCAUUAAGUUUAAGCUAGAUGGAAGGUCGGUAUCUGGUAUCUCGGUUCAUCUCGUCCCUAUCCAUGCUGGCGGGAAUAGUAUGAAAUCUGCCGCUUCGUCAGCAUCUCUACUUGGUAAUGGAAGUAUCUUUUUGGGUAGUGAAGAAGAGGAUUCAUUACUUUUGAGCUGUACCUAUUCGCCAUCGAGUGCGAAGAGGACGCGGUCCCAGGCACGACAUUUUCUUGACAAUUCUGACGACCUGUCAGAUGACUACCCGAGUGAAGAUGAUACUUAUGAAGAUGACCUCUAUUCCACGGCUCAGGAGCCAACUAUGGACAGCCUCCACUCCUUUACGGAAACAUCUAUAUCGGGAUUUUACAGCUUCCGAAUUCACGACAGACUCCUCAAUGUCGGCCCGCUGCGAGAUAUAGCACUAGGCCCAUCAUCUCCGAAUUGGGAAACAAAAGGAUCCUAUGAUGAGAGACUUCCCUCUGAUCUGGAGCUGGUGGCCUCCCAGGGCUCAGAUAGGAGUGGUGGAGUGGUGGUGAUGAAGCGUACGAUUGAUCCAUUAGUUUUCGCUUCUAUUCCGACUGAAUCUGCCAAUUGCGUUUGGACUGCCUCUGUAAUCAAUAGCAAUACCACAAUUCCCGAGAUAAGUGAAAACAUGCAAGAUCGAGAAUGGCAACAUUACGCUAUCGUGUCUAUACGAAGCGUCACCGAUAAGGAGGAAUCGGUUGUCUUCCAAGUGAAAGGACAUGAUCUCGUGCCUUUCAAAGCGCCUGAGUUCAAUCCAAAUGGAGAUCUUACAGUGAAGAUCGAGACACUGACAAGCAAGAAUCGUGUUGUCCAAAUUCUACAAAACGAAGUUCGAAGCUACGAUGCGGACCUGGGUUUGGUUCAGAUUUACCCCGUAUGGGAUGAAGACACCAGCGAUGAGAGGAUAGCUAUGAGCGCUAGCCUUGUAGAUUCUUAUCUUGCAAUCCUCCGAGACGACUCGACAUUAUUACUACUUCAAGCAGAUGACAGUGGGGACCUUGACGAGGUUUUGAUGAAUGAGAAUAUGACUGCUUGCUCAAACCCCGGCGGGCUGUCUCAAAGUGAGAUAUUUCUGUUCCUGCUAAGCAUGGAUUGUCGAUUAUUUAUUUACCGACUCUCAGACCAGGCAUUGGUCUCAGUUGUCGAGGGCGUUGAUUGCUUGCCGCAAGUCAUGUCGAGUGACCCGCCUAAGCGUUCGACUAUACGAGAGGUCUUGGUCGAGAUUGUUAUUGCGGAUCUUGGUGAUUCCUCGAGCAGCAGUCCUUACCUACUCGUAUGA